GCGCAGUUGACGUUAAGUUGAGUUCUUUUUAAAUAAUCUUCAGAGAUUGAAGUUCAAAACUUGACACGUAUAUCAACAAGAUGACGAAAGUGACAUACAAGCUACUGAUUAAGACAUCAAAACUGUAUGCAGAAGGUGCAACAGAUUCAAAUGUCUCUGUUCAACUAGUUGGCGAAAAUAAAUCUCAUACAGAUUGGCACACGCUUGACAAAUUUUGGCGAGAUGAUUUUGAACAAGGAAGAACAGAUGAAUUCACGAUAGAAGACAAGGAAGUGGGGAGAGUCUUGUUUGUACGAUUCCAUCUAAAACAUGGUAGCAAAGAAAAGGAUUUGUGGGCAUGUGACAACGUAAUAAUCUAUCAUGGUAACUACGUUGACGAGUUUCCGCUGUACGAUUGGGUUGUUGAUAACUCUGUAAUUGUACGAGGUGAAGGACUGAUUCCUCAAAAAAUAACGUCCGAGGAAUUGCUAAAGACUAUUAAAGAGGAACGAGAAAAUAAUCUACAUAGAUUUGCUUGGAUUGAAAAAGCAAAACCAGGAGACCCCGGGUGGAUGAUGCCUAGAUUUCCACCUGCAAAAGAUUUACUCAAUGUGCCCCAUCAAUUGAAAAUGGCUGACGCAAGAUUUGAACACAUGUCUGAAAUGAGAAACGUAUCGAAGUUUAACGCUCUUGUCGAAAAGUUACAAGGUUAUUUGUUUCCGAUUAAAAAGCUGGAUGAUUACAAGAAUCUCUUCAGUGGAUUCAGAAUUUCUGGAGAUUUGCUCCCGUUCAUUGAAAAAUGGGAAGAAGACGAAGAACAAGGACGACAGAUGUUAAAUGGUGCAAAUCCUUUUGCAGUGAGUCGUUGUACAGGGUUACCAGAAUAUUGUAAAAUUACAAAUACUCAUGUAGAACGGCUUUUAAAUGACGGUAAAACUUUGAAGGACGAAAUUAAAGAAGGACGAAUUUACAUCGCAGACUAUUCGUACAUGACUAAGGGUCUGCCCAGAAACAAGCAAUAUAAUGGAGAUCCUCUCUAUUGUGCGGAUGUUACAGCGUUGUUCUAUUCAUCUGGCGACGGCAAGUUUCGUCCAAUCGCAAUCCAGUUAGAACCAGACAAUGCGGAUUCCAUUUUCACUCCAAAGGAUGAGAGAUAUGACUGGAUGUUGGCUAAAAUGUACUUCCGAUGUGCUGACACUAUUGUGCAUCAGUGGAUAUACCAUUUUUUAUGGGGACAUGCGUUGCCAGAAACAGGCGCUGUUGCAAUGUUCCGAAAUCUAUCACGAACUCAUCCAAUCUACAAGCUUGUUCGUCCUCAUCUUCAGAAUAUUGUUGUGAUUAAUCAAUUCGCAAGAGACAUUCUUAUCUUUGAUAACAGCACUUCAAACUAUACAAGAUCUAUAAAUGGUGCUGCUUUGGCAAGGCAUGUUUUCAAAGAUUUCGACUUUGACAAUCUUGUCCUCCCAAAUUUGCUGAAGAAAAAAGGUCUUGAUGACUACAAUCUUCUGCAGAACUAUCAUUACAGAGAUGAUGCCACCGCGUUGUGGAGCACAAUUGAAAAAUAUCUUUCAAAAGUCAUCAAAAUAUAUUACAAGGCAGAUGAGGACGUGCGUGAUGACGAAUAAAUACAAUCGUGGAUUAAUGAUUUCGCAACUGAAGGAUUAGCAUGGCCAGAUGGAAAUACAAAAGGAUGUCCGACCAGUUUAAAAAACAUUGAUGAAUUGGCAACUCUGCAGCGAGUGCUGGAUUCUCUUCCUGAUAUUACAAUGGCCACGAUUUUGCUUGGAAGUUCCUUCGUUGUGACAGAAUUGCCAGAAGACGAGGUUUAUCUCGGAGAAUUCCCCAUGAAUCUGUUUAUCGAGGAAGAGCCGAAAAAAGUCUUGAAGGAGUUUGCAGAUGAUCUCAAAGUGGUUGGUGAUAAAAUGAAAGAACGAAACAAGAAAUUGGAAUAUCCAUACGAAUAUCUUUUACCAGAAAAAGUCCCUACCGGAACUACAGCCUGAGUAGAACUAUAUAUAAAUGUUCAUUUGGAUGAAACAAGUCUUGUUAUAUAUAAUGCUUAUGGAAAAACUGAGAGUGUUUAUUCUAAACUAAAUUGGCUAAGAGCUUCAAAGUUGAGUUUGAAUCGCAAUAUUUAACUGUAAAUAUAUCAGAAGGUAUAGCAAAAUAUUAAAUUC